AUGCACUCCAGCAGUAGGCAAGAUGUUGCCGGAGUCCAGUGUGAUUGCAGGUUUUGUCACAAGCAUAAGCAGCUUGUGCCGGCAUGUUCUUCAAAUGCACUGAACGUUUGGCAGAAGCUUUGGGAUGGGCGGCUAAAAGGCUGCAAAGCGGUCAUGUCAGUGCGUAAGAUUUGGCCAUGGGAAAGACGCAGUCUCAAUGUUGUAGCAAAUUGUGGCGAGCUGGUGUUUUGGCGGAUCGUUAAAUUUGCGUGCAGCUGCACGCCAGCAGAGAGCAAUAAUUUUCUGGAGCCCAGUGCGAUUUCAGGCUUGUUUCAGAUGUUGCAGUUUCAGCCGAAGAAGCAAGUGCUUGUUUGCUUGUGUGACGGCGAAGCGCGUUUAAAACAGGUCCUGAAAAUUGGAGCCUAG